CCGCGACAACAAGUGCUCGCUCGAGGCACCUCGAUGGAGCCGCCUGGGACGGGCAGCGGGGCUCAGCUCUCGAUGGAGCCAAACCGCUGGAAAAGGUUUAAAAAGAAGGCAUUUCCAAGUGAAUUUAUUUAACUGAGUGGUGGUGGCUGAAUCUGAAGCCAGCAAAAUGGGAGCCGGAGGUCAGAAGUUGUGUGUGAGGCCACCGCAUGACAACUGAGGUUGCAACUGGCUGUAUUUGCCUAAAAUACAGAAUUGUUGAAGGUAAAUUGGGCUUGUGCUACGAAGCACCAAUGGCAUGCAUGGAGAUCUUGCAACUCACCAAAGAGGGAGCUCCGUCAGAUGAGUGCCACAAUGUAGGUUGGAGCUUGCAUGCUACAUCCUGUCAGGGCCAGCCUGAUGAAGGCGGGGCAAAGAAUAGAUUGCUAGCUAUGACUGCCGAAUGCUGCGAGCAGCAUUGUAAAGCUGCUGUACCAGUAGCCAAGGAAGAGCCUCCUCAGGCCUCUCUUGCCCUCCUUGCUGUGUCAUCGCUGUCCCCAGAAAUUACAACAGCUGGGCAGUUUACCUGCUCCCCCAACUUUUCAAAGGAAGAGAAGGAGGCUGUCUCCAAAAUCGCCUGUUGCUGUGAAUCAGAGACAUCUUUCACCUACGUGGAUGAAAACACCAACCAUCUAAACCACACAGGGAGUCUUGCACAUCGGAGCUGCUGCCAAGACCAAGAAUUCCUUCCCCACCCCAACCCUGACACAGAGAUGCCUCCAGAAUGGCCCUACGAUCCACCUUCCUUAGUUUCAGAGGAAGAGGAUGAUGCUGGCUCAGAAGCUGCUGGUGGAAAAUCGAUUGAUUACAGCUUUAUCAGCGCCAUCUUGUUCUUGGUCAUUGGGAUUUUGUUGGUGAUUGUUUCCUACGUGGUCCCCAGAGAUGUAACUGUGGAUCCCAGCACGGUGGCAGCACGAGAGAUGGAGCGCCUAGAGAAGAAGAGUGCCCGGAUUGGGGCUCACUUAGAUCGGUGUGUAAUUGCUGGGCUCUGUCUCUUGACACUGGGGGGUGUGGUGCUGUCCAGUUUACUGAUGCUGUCAAUGUGGAAAGGAGAACUCUACAGGAGGAACAGAUUUGCAGCUUCCAAGGAAUCAGCCAAACUAUAUGGAUCUUUCAAUUUCCGAGUCAAAUCCUCUGCAAGUGAUAAUAUGGAGUUAUCCCUUGUGGAAGAGGAAGCUCUUGCUGUAACAAGUUAGCCUGGCCUUGAUAUCAUGAAGCAGCAAAAAAUGGGGUAGGGGAUAAUUCACAUUAAAUGGGACAAAGGAAGCUUAAAAUACCUAGCACUACUGACUAGACCACCUUUUCCAACCCAUUAAAGGAAAUUUUGCAUUAUAGAGAUAUGUAAGGGAAAAAAGAAAAGAGAUCAUGUUCAAAAUAAGUUAUUCUGGCUGUAGGACAGUGUAUAGUCUUCUUGGUAUUCAUAGGAAACCAGCUACGGUGACUUUCCAAGCACAUGAACUUUGAAGGAAGUUCCAUUCAGAAGUGUGAUAGUCAGCACAUGAUGGAUUCCAGGUUGGAAGGGUGAUACCACAUUAACCUG